AUGGCCCCAGUCAAGACUCAAGAAAACAUCAACCAAAAGCUUGCCUUGGUUAUCAAGUCUGGUAAGUACACCUUGGGUUACAAGUCCACCGUGAAGGCUUUGAGACAAGGUAAGGCCAAGUUGAUCAUCAUUGCUGCCAACACCCCAGUCUUGAGAAAGUCUGAAUUGGAAUACUAUGCGAUGUUGUCCAAGACCAAGGUUUACUACUUCCAAGGUGGUAACAACGAAUUGGGUACCGCCGUGGGUAAGUUGUUCAGAGUCGGUGUUUUGACCGUCUUGGAUGCCGGUGACUCCGACAUCUUAACCACCCUAGCUUAA